CCUUCUGGGUGUCCGACCCUUUAUUAGGAACCAAGUCUCAUUAAAUGUUAAAGUACCCUUAGAAAAAUUGACUAGUUUCACAGAUUAAUUUAAAAGCCAACUAGGUUUCUUGCAUUUUUUCAUAUCUUCCGUUGUCCUGAUUAGGUUAUCCAUUGGGGACUUGAACACAAGAUUUGUGCAAGAAGUUUCUAACUGUCCCUAUAUUUUUUGUCGAUUUGCUUGAACAAGCUUAAUUCAUAAGCCAUCCUGAUCUGUUGCUUGGUGAAUGAUAGAAAAUCUUAGAGUUGAAUUCAACAGUAAGAAAAUUCAAUUACUACCGUCCAGGCAGGAAGGAGACAUUUUGUGCAUGGAGGGCAAUGAGCUAAUAGCCACGAGGUCAGGUUCGUAGAUGAAUUGGUUAGAAACCCAUUGAAGCAAGCAAAUCAGGUUUGUUUAGCUGACACUUGAAUUCAUAUUACCUUGAUAUAUUAUACUUAAAUUUUCAGUUUUAGCUGACAUCACAGCUCGGUUUAUUAAAAUCAGUCCCUGGUCCACCCGACAAGGAACCUUGGUUGAAGCAACUAAUCUCUAUAUCUUACUGCUUGUGUGUCUCUGAAAAUCUGAAUCGUUUACUUAUUGAUUGUUAGGAGAUGGAAAAAUGUGGGGUUUUAACUUUUUGCCCCGCAUAUGAUUGAGAAGCAAGCAAGGUGGAAAAAAAUUAACAAAAAAAAAAUGGUCUCUCUCAAAGCUGUGGCUGGUGGCAUUUGACAUUGACACUAGCUCUGUUGACAAAUUAAAUUAGAGUUUAGGUUUGAAAGAGCUAGCUUAUGAAAUAAGAAAAUAUCGGUCUUGCAGAAACAAUCGCCAUGGAGUUUGUGCCAAUCACAGAGAUACCCCUGGAGUUUGUUUGUUUUUUUUUUUUCUUUUCUUUUAAGUAAAAAUUCCCCAUGUUUUUCUUUUUUGAAAAUAAGAAACAAAAAGUUUCUUGGCUGCUUUUAUAUGUUUCAUAGGACAUGGUUAUGGUUAUCAUUAGUUUUGUUAAGGUUAUUAAAAUUGUUAAAUUUUU